AUUGACGCGGGGACCGACGCUGGGACAAGAUGUGAUCGCCCGCCCGCCGAGCGGUAACUCAGCUCGCAGGCACACCACAGAUAACCAUCUCUCCCUCUCUCCCUCCCCCUCCUUCUCAGUCACGUCUCAAAGCAAGAGAGAGUAGACGAGAGCGCUGGAAAUAUAUUGGAGGCAAUCUUUUCUUUUUGAAGAAGGGGGUAGUUCACCCAACAGCCUCUGUGACACAACGCUCCUGGUCUGGGAAUUGCCAGGACUGAAGUGCUGAAGAUGAGGUGGCAGGAUGCAUGACCAGAAUGCCUAGAGGAAGAUGUCACCCUAAAGACUUGGCUAACGUCAUGAAAAUGAGACACAUCUUCCUCUCUGUUCUGUUUUUCGGAUCGGUCGGCCUCCUGUUCAUCACGUACCUUCACAUAUGGAUGGAGGAGCAACCCACAGUGUUGAAGAUUCGUCAGGACCGGAUUACAAAGUUGUGGAAAGAUCCAUCCAAGAGCCCAAGGAAGGAUCGGACAGUUUUCCAGAACGGGAGUGUUGUGGGUGACGGUGCAGAGAGGGUCGGCGAUGAGAUUGCCUCAGAGAGCUUGAUGUCUACUUCCAGCAUGGUCCAGGAUCUGGUGAAGCGCAGGCUCUUCCAGCAGAGGAGGAUGAGGACCCUUCUGUUGAAGAGGUUCAUGGAGCCGAGGAGCAACCUGACCUCCUUGCAGCUCUCAACCUGGUCCCUGGCGGUGGAUGCAGUCCACGAGCAACGCAGGAGGUUCCUGGCCAGCUUCUGCAAGACGUUCUACAUCAACAAGCACCGCCGUUCCCUCAUCCGCCUAGUGUCCCAGGUCUACGUGGAGGAGAGGCACAAGCUCCUGUACUGUGAGGUUCCCAAGGCCGGCUGCUCCAACUGGAAACGUAUCCUGAUGGUGUUGAGCGGAAAGGCCUCCUCCCCACACAACAUCUCGCACGACUUUGUGCACACCAGCAAGAAGCUGAGGCGUUUGGACAGCUACAACCUGAGGGAGGCCAACGAGCUUCUCAACAGCUUCACCAAGGUCUUGUUCGUGAGGGACCCCAUGGAAAGACUGGUGUCUGCUUUCCGGGACAAGUUCGAGCACCCCAACAACUACUACCACCCAGUCUUCGGCAAAGCCAUCUUGAAAAAGUACCGGGCCAACGCCAGUGAGGAAGCCCUCAAAACGGGCUCGGGGGUGAGAUUCAGCGAGUUUGUCCGUUACCUCUUGGAUCCCCAUAAACCCAUCGGCAUGGACAUUCACUGGGAGCAAAUCAGCAAGCUGUGCUCACCCUGCCUCAUCAACUAUGACUUCAUUGGAAAGUUUGAGAGCUUGGAGCAAGACGCUAACUACUUCCUGAAGCUGAUCGGCGCCCCUCAGGGUCUACGCUUCCCGAGUUUCAAGGACAGGCAUUCCGCGGAUGAGAGAACUACCUCCACUGUGGUCAAUCAAUACCUCGUCCAAAUAACCCCCUUUGAAAGACAGCAGCUAUACAACUUCUAUAACAUGGACUACCUGAUGUUUAACUAUUCCAAGCCACAUCUUUAGCGCGGAGUUUGGAUUGGGAGUGUAAUUAUCAACAAGAGAUCUUUAAUAUAUUUUGUGAUGCAGAACCUUCUUCUUCUUGCGUAUGGCGUGCACAGCUGAAGGUUGAAGGACAACUUGUUCUAUUUGAUCUUAUUUGAUUGUGCACGCCAGGUUGAUUGCAUUCGUUGAAACAGGGCGGACCACGUGAAGGUUUGCAAUCUUCCACCCCAUGCAGAACCUAUUUCCUUUGCAACCUAACCAGAGGACAUAGGCUUAAGAUGAAGGGGGGAAGAUUUAAUAGGAAGCUGAGGGACAACCUUUUCACACAAAGGGUGGUGGGUGUACGGAACGAGCCGCCGGAGGAGGUAGUUGAGGCAGGGACUAUCGCAACGUUCAAGAAACAUUUAGACAGGUACAUUAAUAGGACAGAGGGAUAUGGGCCAAAAGCAGGCAGGUGGGACUAAUGUAGAUGGGGCAUGUUGGUCAGUGUGAGCGUUGGGCUGAAGGGCCUGUUUCCAUGCUGUGUGACCCGAUGACGAGUACUUUCCUAUGGAUUUGGAGUAAUGUUCCAAUGUUUUGAGUUGGCGAUAUCGGUUGCUUUAGCUCGUGGCCAAGAGGUAAUGGGGUAUUUCCUGAGCUGAGUGUUUCAUGAACUUGGGUACUGUGUACCAAGCUAAUUCAAUUCAGUUCAAUUAUAUUUUAUGGCCACAUAUACCUGGGUACAAUGAAAUCCUUUCGUUUUUGCAUAUAACAUAAAGUACGCAAAGAGUUGCCACGUUUCUGGGUUUGAAAGUACUUAUCCGAGCCAUAUUGGUCCCUCUCUGUUCUCACCCCCCCACUACUGGUGAAGGUUGUUUUUUGCUAAAACAUUGACAACAUUUCUAAGUAUUGGGUGUUUCCAGGGCUUUCUGUGGUAUUUUUGAAUAAACCCUGCGAUACACCUAAGAUCACUGUAAGAAUCCUAGUCUUCGACAAUUCCAUUAUUGUACAAUGAGCAACUUGCAAAGUAUUAUCGAGCACAGUCUGCUCUUUGGGGUAGUUGUGGUGUAGAUGGGAUAUAGUUAUAUGAACAAUCUGAUUUGCCUCCCUAAGUUUCUGAUACACUUCCGUUUGGCUCCAACCCGGGUCUCUGACACUGUAAUGGGCCUGUCCCACCUAGGGGAUGUUUUCCUGCGAUUGCCGGCGACUGUCAUAGUCGUAGCAGGUCGCCAAAAAAAAAAACAGCGACUGGACUCCCCUACGACAAUGUCUAUAACAACCUGCCACCUAGUCGACGUCAAGCUACGGCAAGCUACCGACAACCGGUGACCCAUUAAGACGUCCACCUACGAACACACCUGGGACAACCUAUGUCCACCCACGACAAGUUACGACAAGGUAAGACGAUUCAGUGGCAAUUCUGUCGCCGGUUAACAUAGGUUGACGUAGGUAGUGGCCAAUGGAAUUCACCGGUCAGCACCGGCAUCAACCUUCGUCAUCCUGGCGACAACCUUCGUCAUCCUGGCGACAACCUUCGUCAUCCUGGCGACAACCUACGUCAGCACCUACGUCAGGAGAAAUCAAGCUACGCUCAUUGGCAUCAAGCCAACUGUCCCCGACUGUCGCCGAAAGGUUUUGAACAUAUCAAAAUCCAGCGGCGACCAGAAAAAUGCUACAAUUCUUUGGGCGACUGAAGAGACUGCUCACGGCCAUACCGGCGAGACCCCGGCAACCAUGUGGCGACAGCCUAGUCGCCUGUAGUCAUCUAAAAAAACGCCUAAGUGGGACAGGGGCAUAAGGCAGCAACUCUAAUGUUGGGCCACCGUGCCACGCUUAUUCAACACAUUCGGCCCUGACUACAGGUGAUAUCUGUGCGGAGUUUGCACGUUCUCCCCACAACAGCAUGGAUUUCCUUUGGAUGCUUCUGUUUCCUCCCACAUCCUAAAGAUGUGUGGGUGUGUAGGUUAAUUGACCCUCUGUGAAUUGUCCCUUAGUGUGUAGGGAGUGGAUGAGAAAGUGAGAUAACAAAGAACUGGUGUGAACAGGUGAUUGAUGGUUGGCGUAGGAUCGGUGGGCCGAAGGGCCUGUUUCUAUGCUGUAUCUCUUAAUUCAAUUCAAUUCAAACCUUUUGUGAUAUUACCGAGUGAUAUCAAUAACAUAUAUUCUGGGUAAAAUGUGCUGAAUAAUACAGGAGUAAGUUUUAAGAUGUUCUCAAGUUGCUCUGGAUAAUUUUAUGUUUUCAUUUCACUUGGAUUUUUUCACUGGAAAACUGGAAUAAAACCAUUAAAAACUGAAAA